AUGGACUCAGAAGUACCAAAAAAAGGGUGUAAAUGCAAAAAUGGAGCCUGUUGCAAGUGUGCCCCAGUAAGAAGAAUCAUGAAUUAAUGCAUUUAAAAUAAUGGAGAAGAGAAAUGCCAAACUUUUAGAGACUCAUGGAAGGAGUGUAUUGCAUAUUACAAAAGUUUAGGUUGAUUAUAAAAUCAUAAUUUUCACUAAAAAAUAAUUUACAA